UGAAGCCGUCAAAAAAUAGGCCCAUGAUAACAGAAGCUCCUCUGUUCCUUUCUUCUUUUUUUUUUUUUGCAGAACACACUGUAAGAAAAGCUAGGGUUUUGCGUUUGCUUCUGCAUCUACCAAAAUGACCAAGUUCAGGAAGCUCGGUCGACCCACCGGUCACCGAAUGUCCAUGCUCAGAACCAUGGUAUCGCAGUUGGUGAAGCAUGAGCGUAUCGAAACUACUGUUGCCAAGGCUAAGGAGGUUAGAAGGCUUGCAGAUAAUAUGGUACAACUUGGAAAAGAGGGAUCUGUAUGUGCUGCAAGGCGUGCUGCUAGUUUCGUGCGAGGAGACGAUGUCAUUCACAAGCUGUUUACAGAACUGGCUUAUCGGUACAAGGAUAGAGCUGGUGGGUACACCAGGUUGCUUCGGACUCGUAUUCGAGUUGGCGACGCUGCACCAAUGGCCUAUAUCGAGUUCAUUGAUCGAGAUAAUGAGCUUAGGCAAUCAAAGCCACCAACUCCUCAACCACCUCAGAGAGCACCCCUUGAUCCUUGGACGAGAUCUCGUCUCACCAGGCAGUUUGCACCUCCCAAAGUGGAAAAAUCUGAUUCUGAUCUCUGACUCAUUCGAAUGUAUUGCAGAAACUACAUGUUUUUGUCCCCAUAGCUUGAGAUAUCUGAUUUUUGGCUUUGCUUA